AUGUACAACACACAACCACCAGGCAGCCGCCGUGGCGCCCCUUCCGUGCCGACCCCAACAGUACCUCUAUUCCACAGGCCCAGGUUACAAUGGGCAACAAUCUUCACGGUUGGCCUUUUGGGCUUUGGUUGCACAGUCGCGGCCGCAGCACCACCACCGGUUGUUCCAGCCACGACAGAAGCCACGCCGACUCGGUUUAUGACGGUUCCCGUCCCGACUUUGGCGGUGGCAGAUGAGUUGAUUCUCGACACGAGGCAACCGGUUAGGUUGGAUGGCGAGUGGAUUUUAGUGGCCAGGGAGAACGAAGCUGCCGAGCUUCAGAGGCGGAGUCCUCAAACCGAUGCCGAGUCGGUCACCACUACGACGUCAUCGGCACCUACCCAGGCGUCAAAGACGGCGACCGUCUCUAGCAGCCCGCUGCCGAGCCCCUAUGACACGUUGUCGGCAGCAAACUUCACCACAGGGCCGAACGGCUCGUGUGCAAAGUUCUACAACACUAUGGUGAACCACGACAAGUUCAAGAAGUGUUACCCAUUCGCUACACUUCUCGAGGGGUCACAAUCAUUCUUCGAGGCCCAAAAGUCACUCGUCGGCAUAACGCAGACUCUCGACGCCGCAUGCCGGGCCAACGCAAACGAGUGCGCUCCGUACCUCAACGAAGUGGCCAAGUCACUCAUCAGCGAGCAGAACUGCGGCCCGGACUAUCAGCUUGAGAACAGCCUGGUCGUCUCAACGUACAACGCGCUGACGUCGUACCAGACCGUCUAUAGCACCACGUGCCUGAUCGACCCCAAGACGUCGAGCUACUGCUUCGCCAACGCCGUCACCAACGCGACGAACCCAAACAAUGCCUACUUUUACUACCUGCCCCUCAACAUGACCCUGCCCAGCGCCCCGGCUCUCAACUGCAACUGGUGCCUGCAGCAGACCAUGGCCAUCUACCAGGCCCAGUCAGCCAACCGCAAGCUGGCCAUCGCCUCGACCUACCAAUCCGCCGCAGAGAUUGUCAACACGGACUGCGGGUCUGAUUUUGUCAACGCCACGCUGCCCAUUGCCAUUUUGCAAAACUCGGUCGGCCGCCACAGCCCUUCAUGGGUUCUAGGCUCGGUGGCGCUUGCGGCUGCCAUACAAUGGCUUCUCUGA